UGUUCUUUAGCUGCACUAAAGCUGACUGAGACAGUGACCCAGGACACACAGUUCAGGAUGUCAAUAAUCCUGACACUGAAGUGAAGUGUGGCUUCAUAGUAAAUACUUCAUGACCGUAUACUUUCAAAUGUGUACAUGAUUAAGUCCACUUUCCGGAGCCAUUCCUUGAUAGGGCGUAAUUGGGUUGCAAGACUUCAAAAACACUUCAACCAACGCCUAGAAGGUGUAAAAAAAAAAAAAAAAAAAAAAAACCUAACGUGAGAAACUGUUCCGGUUUGUAAUGCAGUAAAGAACACUAACCUGAUAUUCAGCUUUGUGUAUAAUCACGUAAAAGGGCGUAGAACCCGUUAAAGAAAGAAAAAAAAAAAUCAAAACAAUGACCACUAAGUCUGUCUCAGUCACCAACUUACCAUACUGGGAAAGUGGCAAAAGGAGAAUUCGAUUCUUGUAUCUAGUCGGUGACGAUUCCUUUCAAGUGACCAAGCCAAGUACAAAUGAGGUACCAGCGAUCCCUCUGUUUCUUGGAGCUGAUCUCUUUUUGAACACGGACGUCCGCACCGAGAACCAUCCCAGGUACCACGCCAAGUUUGCAAAAAGGGGACUGGCGACCAAACUGGCGUUCUCCUCAGACCUCAGGUUCCAAGGCUUACGAGUCCCUUGUUCCAGUAACAGUUUGUGGUUCUACGGUGUUCACGGGGUUUUUCGAGUCGCCUUUGAGCUUUACAGCAGACAAGAGCAGCUGUCAGUCUUGGAGUCGUUUCAGGAUCUGUGGAAAUCUCGGAUCGACGAUGAUCAACUGAACUCGGUGUACAACAUUGGAAUCCAGCUCGACACGAAACCACCAAAACCCAGUGAUCAAGAGAAACCAGUGGGAGUUAAUCAUUUAUCUAGUGAUAUAUCUGUAUCUACUGAGGACCAUUUAAGCUCUCAGGAGACAGUGGAAGACUUGGAGGAAAUGACCUUAGAGUCAACAUCUGGUCAAGGAGAUACUUCCUUUUCUGCAGACCAUGAUUACUGCUCCCUGGCUGAACCAGUGGAGUCGAAACACUUUAGCGUACUGACAGAGAGACUUUAUAGCCUAGGAAACAAGGUGAAACGCACAUCAAUUGUGGACAAGAACCAAGAAGAGACCAUUUUGAAACUUCUGGAUUAUGUUGAUUAUUGGAUUGAUGGACAGGUAGAUGAGGAAAAACUGGCAGAAGCAGUGACGGUCUUGCUUCAAACUCAUUUUCAUGGUUAUUCCAUCUAUUCCAGUCCUUUACUACAGGCUGUGGCUAGCUGGCUGGGUCGACAGUUCCAUGAAGCCAACAGCAGUGUGAGUGACCAGGUGGAAGGAUUUAAGAUAAGAAAUAUUGAACACAUUAAAGACCUGCCUCCAGCAGAAGAUCUAGCAACCGAGCUCUUCCCUGAGGCCAUGAGGAACCUGCUGAUACACUGGAUGGGCCUCAGCGAAGAAGCAGCAACAUGGAAAAGGCUCAGUGAAUAUCCCAUUGUUUUGCUCAUACUGGAGUUUGCCAACCAUAACCUCAUCACAGGUGUGGCUCAUGUCUUGUAUUCCAGUCUAAUAUGCAGGUAGAGAGACAUUAUUGUAGUGCCGUUUGGUAUCUCCCAAAUCUGAGCUGCUUAGAAUUCCUGCUUCACUUUACAGACACUUGGCCUAAUACUUAACUUUUAACCACAGUUUAUCCCAGUUGAGGACCAACAUGAGCGUCCUCCAAAUAAUGCGAAGCUAACAUCUUUCCAAAACAAAAAAGCCGCCAUCUUGAAGACGGGAUGGUUUUGCUUCAAACUCUUUUUCAUCUCUACUCCAUUCAUUUCAGUCCUUUGCUACAGGCUCUGUAUAGGCAAGCUGUCAGGUUAAGAUGUGCAUGAAGCCAAAAGCAGCACAAGUCACCAGUUGGACAGAUUUAAGACAUGAACACAUAUUAAGGACCUGUGGAGGAUAUGGAGACUGAGCUCCUCCCCGAAGAGGUGAAGAGGUGGUCACAUGUAAAGAGGAAUGCCAUCUUUCCCACCCAGAGAGCAAUUCCUUAGAUUUAUAUAGUGCUUUAUGGGCAGGAAAUCUCCUCAACCACCACUAGUGUGUAGCAUCCACGUGGAUGGUGUAACCAGUGAUGUAGCCUAUUCAGGGAUAGAUAUUAUUAGGGGGUCAUGAUAGUUAAGGUCCAACGGGGGAAUUUCGCCAGGACACCAGAGUUAUAACCCUACUCUUUACGAGAAGUCUCCUGGGAUUUUUAAUGACCACAGACAGUCAGGACCUCGAUUUUACAUCUCAUCCGAGAAAGCAGGGCCAUUGAUGUGGCAUUUGUGACGGUGGUGACUUGUGCUCUCGCACUUGCUUACAGUUGUGCAAUCAGGAGGUAACCUAGUGAUGCAUUUUAUUACACUUUAUGGCCAAUAGUUUGUGGACACCUGACCAUCACACCCAAAUGUGGUUCUUAGCCCAACCUGUUUCCACAAAGUUUGAAGCACACAGUUGUAAAGAAUGUCUUUGUAUGCUGUAGCAUAAUAGUUUUAUUCACUGGAACCAAGCCUGGUCCAGCAUGUAAGACUUGGUUCGCCUAGGUUGGAGUUGAAGAACUCGAGUUUCCUGCUAGGAGACCUGAUCUCAACUCUGAACCCCAGGCCUCCUCACCCACUAUCGAUGCCUGAUCUCACUAAUGCUCUUGUAGCUGAACGAACACAAAUCACCACAGCCAAGCGCCAAAAUCUAGUGGAAAGCCUUUCCAGGAUAGUGGAGGUUAUUAUUAAUUCUGUAAAGGGAUGUCCAAGAAGCACAUAAGGGUAUAAUGGUCAGAACCGUUUGGCCAUAUAUCAUACAAUUCUCUAAUUCACUGUUUUAGUUCAAUUAAAUUUAAGGUUUAAUUUAAAUCAAAUAACCAGUGCACAUGUCAGCUGUCAAACUCUGCUCAUGAUUGAGUCACGAACCACAUGAUGCUGAUUACAUCUGAUACAUCAGUGAUUCUGCAUUACCGUAUCACGUCGCAAUAUGAUUGUGUUUAUGCCUCUGACUAAACAUGCCUUUGAUCUGUGCUCCGACAGUGUGAUAAACAAAUUGAGAAGUG